GGAGGUGAUGAUGCAUGGCGCGUUCCCCAGAUCACGUGGGCGCGUUUGAUUGGAACGCGUCGUCGGUCCGGAGCAUAGCCGUCGUAUGUCGCGCGGCGAAACCGAUAAUGUCCCGGCCAGGGUCCGCUGCAGGCCCGCUCGCCCGCUCUCUCAGCCCAGAACGCUCGACCCAUUUUCCCGAUGGACCAUCCACUCUCCCUCUCGCCAUCCCCUGCCGGCCUUCCGACUCGCUAGCCUCCCCGGCGCGCUCGCAUCAUCCUAUAAAGCCCCUCUCCGCACCCGACAGUCGGGAUCUUGUCUUCCCCAUCCCCCGCAACACUACCCCACACCCCACAUAAACCCCUACCUCCCGCGUGAGGCCCUCUUCCUGACCAUGGAGACCUCACCCCUCUUCCUCGGCCUCGACCUCUCCACCCAAGGCCUCAAGGCCGUACUGAUCACGGAGGACAGCGAUGUCGUACAUGAAUCAUCUGUCAACUUCGACCGCGACCUCCCCAACUACGCGACCACGAACGGUGCCAUCCGCGGUCCUGGCCCUGGCGAAGUCACCUCUCCCGUAUGCAUGUGGCUCGAGGCCUUCGACCUCCUCAUGGAGCGGAUGAAGGCCGCGAACGUCAACUUUGGGCGGAUUCUGAGCAUCUCUGGCGACGGUCAGCAACAUGGAUCCGUGUACUGGUCUGAUGACGCCGAGCGUAUGCUCGCGACGCUCGACCCAGAACGCCCGUUGGAGCAGUUGUCUCCUGGCGCGUUCUCGCUCCCCAACGCGCCCAUCUGGCAGGACUCCUCCACAACUCGCGAGUGCCGCGAACUGGAAGCAGCCGUCGGCGGGGCGCAGGCGCUCGCGGACCUGACCGGAAGCCGUGCCUACGAGCGGUUUACUGGCACCCAGAUUGCCAAGCUUCGUCGCACGAACCCCGCAGCGUAUCAGGCAACGGCGCGGAUUUCCUUGGUGUCUUCGUUCAUGCCUUCGCUCUUCUUGGGGUCAAUCGCUCCCAUCGAGGUGUCAGACGCAAGUGGAAUGAACCUGAUGGAUGUACUCACCUGUAAGUGGGACGAUACUCUGUUGGACGCGUGCGGAGGCCCGGAGCUGCGGGAAAAGAUCGGGCCAGAGCCCGCUCCGGGUGGUACCGUGCUGGGCACGAUCAGUCCAUGGUGGGUGGGGCGUUGGGGCUUUAACCCCGCCUGCUGCAUCGCGCCGUUCACAGGUGAUAACCCAGCCACCGUCGUCGCACUCUCCACUCCCGGAGAUGCCAUCCUUUCCCUCGGGACCUCCACUACUCUCCUACUCUCCAUCCCUCCCUCCGACUCCGCGCCCAAGCGCUUCACGACCUCGCACCUCCUUUCCCACCCUACCACGAUCGAUGCGCACAUCGCUAUGCUCUGCUACAAGAACGGCGCGCUCGCACGUGAGCAGGUCCGGGACGCCUACGCCGACGGGCACUGGACACGCGUCCACGGAUCCUUCUUCUUCCGUACCAACCCCUCCGUCUCGCCGCCCGACGUGCGCACGAUCACUGACGUAGAGAUGCCGCGCACCGCACACCCCCGGGCGAUCCUCGAGUCGCAGUUCCUGUCCAUCCGCUCGCGCAUCGCUGCGAUCCUACCACCGGACGCCGCUCCGCUUCAGCGGCUCGUGCUGAGCGGCGGGUCCUCCGCCAACGCGGUGAUCCGCCAGCUCGCCGCGGACGUGUUCGGCAUGCGCGUGUUCGUCGCGGGCAAGGAGGGCGCGGCGGAGGGCGGCGCGCAGCUCGCGCGGUACGCGUGGUGGCGCGCGCAGAACGGCGGCGAGGGCACGUUCGAGGAGAUGCGCGCGUCGGACGUCGUGGGCGAGCGCAUGAAGUGCGUCGCGGAGCCCAAGGUGACGAACGUCGCGCUGUACGCGGGGCUGGUGGACGCGUACCGCGUGUGCGAGGACCGUGUGGUGGAUAUGUGUAACUUGAAGACUGCGUAGAUGGGAUACCCGGAUGGACGAAACUGAAGCAAGAUAUAGAUUGGUAGACGUGUAGUGAGGCAUCUACGAUAUUGUAUAUUAUCCUUGG